AUGGAUGCGAAGGAAGGCUCCUUUGAUAAUGAUUUAAUGCUUAAAAGGCUUACAGACCAUCUUCGUGAACCACCUGCACUACCCACUGUACCUGUGUAUGCCUUACCCGAUCAGCCAUAUCUUGAGGCUACUGUGAUGCCACUUCUAUUGCGUGGCCUAGAAGAAGUUUCUAAGGCACGACCUGUCGAUCCUUUGGCUUUCCUUGCUGCGUACUUGUUGAGCAACAAUCCACAAAGGUGUGCACACCCUCUUCUUGGUGAAGAUGCACGACGAGUACCAUUACAGGAAAUAGCUCAACGAUCUGCUGAUAUUAUGAGUCGUACAUCGCGUACAAAUACAUCUCAGGUAAAGAUGUGA